AUGAACUACUAUCCUGAAUUGACCCGUCUGUUGGUUUCCAGAGACUGGAAGAACACGGAACAGUGUCUUACAUAUAUGUUCAUGCACAGCGAAAUGACGCGAAAGUGCUGUGCCUUGUCCGUAACAAAUGAAGACCUUUUCGAUAUUCUUUUGGAGGUUCGAGUGGUGACGUUCCGUUGUCGCGUCAUAUUUUUGGCUGACUCUGACAUUGAUGUCGCCUGCUAA